AUGUCUAAACGACAUUACGAAGAUGGAAACCCAGCACCCCUUCCCUCGAAACGUGCGCGCCAACCCAAUAUAAUCUCUUCUCUCUCCGAUGAAAUACUACUCCACAUAUUAUCAUUCUUACCAGUCCCGUCUUUGAUAGUCUGUCAACGGUUGUCAUGCCGGUUCAAGGCGCUUGCAGAAGAUUCAGAAAUCUGGAAGCGACAUUAUUAUCACCGAUGGAUUCGACCUCGAUUAGCAAACGUGAGGCGUACCGUAUUCUCCCAUACAGAGGUCCGAUAUUCUCCUAAGGUGUCAACAUGGCUGGAUCAUGGUCACUUUGCAGAUGAAGGAAGGUCUAUGGAUUGGAAGGGCCAAUACCGUCUUAGGCACAAUUGGUCUAAAGGAAUCUGUCGUGUCACCGAACUCGAGUCCUCUCACCCAUAUGGUCGAUCAGCAUUGGUCGCUUUUUGUGCUGGUAUUAUUUUCACUGUCGACCGGGACAACUGGCUUCGAGCUAAGUCUACCAAGAUUCCCGCGUACUACCUCGCAGAGAUUUCUUUGGCAAAACUUCGAACGCCUCUAGCUGCCUUGCCCACAGCAAUGACGGCAAUGGUUGGUUCUCGCCCGAAUACAAUCGAGGUUGUUGUUGGAUUCGAAGACGGUCACUUCGGGAUAUAUAACCUGGACAUUGCUGCAUCAGCACUGGAAUUCCGCACCACUUGCGCUGGAUCGACGAGCGGCAGCAUCACUACAAUAGCCUCGCUUUACCCCUACAUCCUCUUGGCAUCCGACCAUAAAGCUCUGUCACUUUUCAAGAUCACGACCGAAUCCGAUGCGCGUAGCCGUUUGCUACCCAAGGAACCGGCUUUAUUAUCAUGUCUCGAGGCAGACAGCAUCUUAGAGCCGCUGUCGAUCUCGAUCCGUUCGGUAGGCUCUGAUAUCAUAUCUUCUAUAGUGUACAGCUUUUACCAUGUCGGCUGCGGUUGGUCUUUGGGAAUUCAAGAAUUACAUUUCAGCCUGAGUGAUUUACAGCAGAAGUGCUCGCGGCUCACAACAACCGUGGAUUCUCAGUAUGGAGUUUGUCCGCCACUUGGUCAGAUUUACUCGAGGAUCGACACGCCGUGCGCGUGGGGUGCAACAAAUACCAAGGGCGGAUUGUGCAUGAGGCCGGCUGAACCCGCUAUACAUCAUCAGGAAACCCCAACUUCCGUCUCUUAUUCACACCCUUACUUGAUAACGUCACACACGGACAAUACUUUAACCGUGUACCUUGUUGUCUCCACGUCCGCGGGCUUGUAUGUCAAAGGUGCACAGCGGCUCUGGGGUCAUACAUCCUCAGUGUCGGCCGUGCAAGUGAGUGAUCGUGGCAGGGCGGUAUCGGUAAGCUCCCGGGGAGAUGAGGUAAGAGUGUGGGAACUCGAAGCCCUGGUCUCAGCUUUCGGGAGGCAACGAGCGCGGAGACAUGGAAAAAGCAUUCGAGUUAGUCCUGGAAAUAGGCAGAGUGAUGUCAGUGAACUCAGGUCGAGUUCUCCGACAAAAGCCAAUGCUCUGCUGCAAACCACAGGAUUUCCGUACCACAUGCCUGAAAUAAGUGGUUGUAUUGGGUUUGAUGAUCAAUGUGUCCUCCUACUGCGUGGGGAUGGACUUGACGUGCACAUGCUGGAAUGUUAUGACUUCACGUGA